CUCGCGCGGGAAAGGAGGAGGCGGGCCGGCCGGGAUCCCCGGCCCUUUGCUUCGCCUUGUCUCCGUCCCGGUCAGCCCCUCGGGCGGCGGAUCUAAGCACAACAGAGGCGUCCGAACCGGCGGGUCCCUGGGGCCGCCCGAAUCCACAAGCCGGCGUCGGUGGGAAGGCCCGGCCGGUCCUCAGAUAUAUUUUUGCCAUCAUGGAUCGGUUUGGAGAUAUAUCAGAAGGUGAAGUAGACCAUUCUUUCUUUGACAGUGACUUUGAAGAAGCAAAGAAAAGUGAAAGUAACUCAGUUUUUGACAGGCAUAAUGGUGACCAUGAAGAGAGAAUAGACAAAGAUACGGAAAAUGUAAACUUGAAAUUUGGAAUGCAUAGAAAAGAAAAGGAUCUUACUGAGAAAGGAAAUGAAAGAAAAGAGAAAAUUCCUCCAGAAGAACACCCUGUAGAAAAUAAUAGUACACAAACCAGGAAUUCUUUAACAUUGACUACUUCUUCAAGAUCAAAAAAAAUGUGUCCUGUUACAACAGGACAUAAAAUACACUUGAACAUUCCAACUACAGUUUCCAAAAUUGUAAAAGAAGGCGAAGAUGAUUAUUACUAUACAGAUGGAGAGGAAAGCAGUGAUGAUGGGAAAAAACAUGUCAGGUCCAAGUCAGCUAAACCAUCUAAUAACUUUAAAAAAGGCAUAAGCAAAAAGUAUCCCAAAAGUAGUUCCUCUUCUUCUUUGUCCUCCUCAUCUUCAAGUUCAGGUACAGAUUGUUCAGAUCCAGAGUCUGAUAUCUGUACAUCUGAUUCAUCUCCGUCAUUAAAGAAACACCUCUCUGGUGUCACCCACUUGUCACCAAAACAGAAAUAUAAACAAGGAAUAAAAUCAGCAGGAACACAGUCUUCGAGUACUAAACCAAAAGUCUGUGACUACACUGAGGAAUCUGAAGAUACUGUGACAGAUGUCACUCCUUUAUCAACUCCAGACAUCAGCCCUGUUCAGUCUUUUGAACUGAGCGCAUCAAACAAUGAAAAAGUAAAAGUUAAAAGGCAAGAAAACGUGAGUCAAGAAGUGUGUGGAAGUGUUGAAGAUUUAAAAAAUAAUUCAAAAUCCUUGAAAUCGCCCAAAAAAGGGAAAGAAAAACUUGGGUCCAAUGUUACCUCGAAAUCAGCAGUGUUAGAUUCCGCUUUAGACCACAGAUAUAAACAAAAGGCCUUACAUGACACAAUGGACCUGAAUCAUCUUUUGAAAGCUUUUCUGGAAUUAGAUAAAAAGGGACCACAGAAACAUCACGUAGAUCAGCCUUCAGCGGCACCGAGGAGAAACUACUCUUUCACAAGAGAGGAGGUGAGGCAGAUUGAUCGGGAAAAUCAGAGGCUUUUGAAAGAACUGUCGAGACAGGCUGAAAAACCAGGAAGCCAAAGUACGAUUCCUAGAUCACUUGGUCAUCCUCCUAAGUUAUAUCACAGUGCUCUCAACAGACAGAGGGAACAACAAAGGAUUGAAAGAGAAAAUUUGGCUUUAUUGAAAAGGCUUGAAUCUGUGAAACCAACAGUUGGUAUGAAACGCUCAGAACAACUGAUGGACUAUCAUCGCAAUAUGGGUUAUCUCAGCUCAUCACCAUCCUCAGUACGAGUGAGGUCGACUCUUAGCCAGUAUAGCCCAUUAAGAGGAGCUUCCAGGACAUCCAGUGCUACCAGUGGUCUCAGUUGUAAGAGUGAACGGUCAGUUUUUGACACAUCCGGUGGCCUGUUGCUAAGACCUAAGCCCUCUAAUAUCCGUACAGCUUGGUUAUAAAAACUUUUUAUAAAAACUUUUUACUUUAAACAUUGUUCAUCCAAUUCUUGUAUAUUCUGGAAGUGCUCUUGUAUAUUACUAUAAUUCUCUGUGUAAACAUCUAUAAUAACUGUUUUAAGAAUUUUAAGGUAUACAACAGUGAGUUGUAAUUUAUUGCAAUUUGGUACAAAAUUGUUUUCCAAAAGACAACUUAAUGUAAAUUAAUCAGUGUUUCCUAUGGGGAUGUAUUUAUAUGAGGUGAUAUGUAUUUAACAGAGAAAUGGUAACAUGCAUGUACAUUUUCUCAGCAUAGAAACUGAUUCUGCUGUCAUGCUGACAAAAACAACUGUGAUAGUAGUACUGCACGUUGGAACCAACAUGUUGACUAUACAGGUCUUGUUUUAUGUUUUUUUUUGUUGUUUCCAUUUCUUACAAGCUUUAAACCACGAGCAUAGCUCCUGAAUUUGACUGGCUUUGUUUCCUGUUGGUUUCAUAAUUUAGGUGGUAUGACUCAUAACUUGGUUAUCAGACAGUUAUACCUUCUUAAUGUAAAACAAAUCAUGAAAUUUGUUUUCAUUGGUGGAGCUGAUUUAGAUUUGAUGAGGGCAAAUCCUCGUGAUUCCCCAGAGGUAUCUCCUACUUCUGCAUAAGUGCACUGAGAUCUUAAAAUUGAAUCAACCAUUCCAAACCAUUUCAAACUGUAUUAGAAAGUUCAACUUAGAAGCUCCUCUUUUGUGUUUUAUACAUUCAGGUAAAGUACUGUUAAUGAUUCUGAGAAAUGAGGUAGGCCCUCCAAUCUACUCAUUGUGAAUAGUUCAUCCAAGGACCAGAUCAUCAUAAGCAAAAACAAGUAUUUAAAACAGCAAUAGUUUGGAGAGCCAAGAAGCAGAUCCUGAGUUGUGUCAGAACAGUGUUUUAAGUGAUGCUGUUAACAAGUUGUGUUAUAUUGAGUAUUGUACUAAGAGAGAAGAUAAAUAAGAAAGAAAUACAUUGUCUCACAGCUUUAGAAAUUCCAGCUAGUGUUUUUAAGGGCUGAAAAAGAAAACUAAAAUGUGUCAAUAAUAAAGGGGGGGGGAAACAUUUUUUUUGAGGCUACUUUGAAUGCCUGCUUAUUUUCUUGGUUUGGGUUUACAUGUUGAAUACUGGAAUUAUCAUUUUUGCUAGUCCCACUUUUAGAGGCCUAGUAGUAAUCUUAAUGGAGCUAGUAGUGAUAGGUAGGGUGUGAUACUGUUGACUUUUGAAAUUAGAAUAUUUUUCUGGCAAUCUGUAGGCUCUUCUUAUUUUAUAUAACAAAGUAUAUCUCUAUCUCAGUCAUGGUUGCCUCUGCUGUCCUAGUUAUCACUGUUUUGCAUUACUGGCCUUUUCAGUAUAUCCUUAGAAUAUAGUGGGAAGUUUGCAUAUUAAAUGUCAAACCUUUCUUUUUUUAAUAUGAAUUCUUGAUCUGUAGCCACAGUAAUAUUUGUAUUGUUCUGAGUUAACUCAGGCUCUGUCGCAUGUAUGCUGAACUUACUUUUCUUAACCCCUUUGGCAGAAAGCCAAUCCGCAUUUUACUAAACAUCAAUUCAGAAUUUCUUGGUCUUAGUUUGUAUUGAUAGAUUUUGUUUAGGAUAGGGAAUGUGAAGCCUGGAAACAGAGGAGCUAAAAAAAAAUUCAUGUGGAUACAACCUGACUGAGAUUUUUCUGCUUCUUUCUUUGGGCUAUAAUUUGUUCGUUGUUAUUUGAUGUUCUGUUCUGGUGAACAGGUUUUCACAUCAUUUAGCGCUCUGCUUUGUAUAUAAACUUUAGCUAUACUAAUCCAAGGUUUUGUUUGUUAACGUAUUGCACUUUUAAUGUUUGAAUAACAACCCAUCUUUAAGAAGAGAUAAGAUAAUGCUGAAUUUAAAACUCAGCAUUUGAACAUCUGUCUUGUAGUGAUUAGCCAAUAUUUUUAAAUUGAUUUUUAAGUUGUUAGGGAAAAAAAUAUGAAACCUUUUAAUGUUCAUAAUGGCAUUAGUCUGAGAACAUUUUAUGUGGUCUUUUCUGCCAUAUGUCAAGUACAACACGAUUUCAUAGAUAAAGCUGUACUUUGAUUUUAGAUACUAAUUCAAUGCCUUUAGUUUUUACUGUGUUGAUGGGAGGUUCAUCUAAGUGUUACUAAUAACAGGGAUUCAAUUUGAAAAGGAAAAGCUGGGAAGAGCAACAACAUUCAUUUUUUCAAAGCAGAAUAUAUAGCUCUGUUGUCAUGAUUACUUAUACAUGAUAACUAUAAAUAGAAGGAGAAGAGUUGAAAAAUGUGAUAUUCUCUUAUAUAAGUCAAGGUACUUUGAAGUUGUUCUGGUUUAAGGGGCAUUUUUAUGAAGGAAUCAUAAGUGUACUCUUCCAUUUUCAAGACCAUAAAAAAGUAAAGGAUCAUCUAGCACUACUUUAUAUUUGGUUUACUUGUACCUUAAAAUAUAUAUACUUUGAAGAUUUAUAUCUGCAACUAGAAAUUAUACCAAUCCAAGGUCUAAAUUGUCAGGCAAGAUUCUUAUUGAGAGUUAUUUUCAUAUCUGUCAAAUGUUAAACUAAUGUUGCCUCCUUUUUAAUAAGGUUCUAUAAAAGAUUUUGAACUGUUAAAAUUAUUUCCUAAGGGAUAGCUAUUGUCUUGUGCUUCCCUUACUUUUUUCACUCUCCAUAAAAAUCUGCUUCCUUAGCUCCUAUUCCAAAUAAAAUUUUUCUGGUUUGCUUAUAAAUAUAGUGUAACACAGUUGUUUUCAACCCAUUAACCCAAAUGUCCAAAAAUGGAUAUUUAGACAACUUUAAAAAAGAGGUCAUUGUGAUGGAUAUGAUUGUGAGCUUCUCAUCUUCAGACUCAAAUACUGCACACUGUAAAAAGUAUUAUGACCAGUAUAAUGUUGGAGACACAAGUUACUAUAUUUUGAUCAUUAAAUUCAUAAAAUGUUUAAUAUCCUAAAUGCCAAAGUCUUUACCUAUAAAUGAUGUAUACCAUCCUAGAAAAUGUUCUUAAUGCUACUGGCUACUUUAUUUCCAUGAAUAAAGAUUAGUGAGAAACUUAAAAAUCAGUAUCCUUUUAAAAUUUUUCAGUCCAUUGUAAUGUGUUUUAGGCAUGAAGAACUAGCUUGGCGUAGUGAAGAAAGAAAUAAAAGACUUAAAAGAUAA